UUUUCCGGUUACAAUUGAGUUCAGUGACGUUUGUUUUGUUUGGAUUUUUGAAGAACCGACUUAAGUGUAAAGUUCUAAUUUUAUUUUAUUCCUUCUUUCAAGCACAAUUCUAAUUCUAUAAGAUACAAAUGCCUCCUAAAAAGCAACCUGAGAAGGGAUCAAAAGGUACUGGCAAAGGAAGUGGUGGUGGAAAGUCCGGAGGAGAUUCAAAAGAAUCUGGUGCUAAAGAGAAAAAAGGUGGGACAGCUGUCAAAGUUCGUCACAUUUUAUGCGAGAAGCAAUCGAAAUGUUUGGAAGCUCUGGAGAAAUUAAAAACCGGACAGAAAUUUCCCGAUGUAGCGGCCGCGUAUAGUGAAGACAAAGCAAGGCAAGGUGGAGACCUCGGGUGGAUGACUCGAGGGUCUAUGGUUGGUCCGUUCCAAGAUGCGGCAUUCGCCUUGCCGAUAUCUUCGGUCACAAAUCCUGUAUACACAGAUCCUCCAAUAAAAACCAAAUUUGGUUACCAUAUAAUAAUGGUUGAAGGGAAAAAAUGACUGGAAUGGUAUUUGAAUUUGAAUACUUCUGGGCGAUAUUAUUGCUGUUCAUUAUGGAGAGGAUAUAUUGUUUGCAGGAACAAUUUGACAAGGACUUUACAAAGUUGGCACAUUCACAAUGGUCAAAUGAGUCUUUCAACUCUGAGCUGGAAGAAUUUUCUAAUAGAGAGUAAGCAAAUGAAAUUUUUUGUAUGUUGAUUUUGUCACUUUCUUUUGGUUUUAAUGAUAAGAUAUAAGUUAGGUAGCAAACUGUUGUGCUCUGAUAAAUCAGAUGAUCGUUUUAAUUGAUGACUAUUUUUCUUCUGCCUAGUUUUUUUUUAAAUGUAGAAGUAUUAAUAUAAUAAAAGCAGGACAGUAUGGUAAUUACAACACUGACAAUCUUAUUUUCACACCAAUGGUCAACAUUUGUCAUUUAAAAAGAAAUAUAUUUAAUAUUUUAAAAAUUAAAUCCCUUUUAAAUAAUUUGACAAUGUGGCAAAAUACCCAAGAUUGCUGUUGCUGUGUUCAGAACAUAUAUUUUAGUUGAUUUCUGAGUGUGUCAUAUCUUACUUUAAAAAUCAUUAUCCAGUACAGUAUGCAUUUUAAAUAAAUUAAUAUUAUGUAAUUUGUAAUAUACUAUGAUGAUUUGUAAUUAUAUAUUGGCAAAUACAGUGAUGUAUAAAUAUUUAAAUAUCUACAAUUAAUCAGUUAAGAUUAAUUAUAAAUUAUUAAAAAUUAAGUGCUAAUGUUGCAGUAUGGGUUUGAAAUUAAACUUCCUGCGAUUGUGUCGCCUGAUGCAAGUGACAAUGCUCCUGAGCCUCGUCUACUUUUGUAACAUCUGUCUAUGGUUUAUGAUGACAAAAAAGGGCUCGCCUAGAAGCAUGCAUUACAGAUUCAAAAUGACCAUUCCAUCUUAAUUUGUCAGAAAAUAUUUAAAUAAUAUACAUUUUUAUUAUUGUU